AUGCAUGUGAAUGAAGGUGUCAAAUAUGUUGCCCUACAAGCCUAUGAGGAACCGAUGCCAUUCCCGCAAAGGUUAUCAAAAGCCAUGCUUGAUAAGCAUUUUGGGAAGUAUUCUGAGACUCUUAAGAAGGUAUAUUCCACCAUCUCUUUUUUCGAUCUUGUGGUUCAAAUGCCUCAAUUAGCAAAUUUUGUGAAGGGAGUUCUAGAUCAUGAUCAUAAUUGUGCUAGUGUUAAUAUAAUGCCUUCUUCAGUGUAUGACAAAUUAGGUCUGAAAAACCUUAAACCUUCCUCUGUAUCUCUUCAAAUGGCUGACAGGACUAUUAGACUCCUUAAGGGUGUAAUUGAAGACGUACUGGUUAGGGUUGGUGAACUUGAUUUUCUUGUUGACUUUGUUGUAAUGGACAUGACAGAAGACCAUAAGAUCCCGAUUAUCUUUGGCCGCCCUUUCCUUGCUACAAGUCAAGCAGUAAUAGAUGUUCUUAAGAGAAAAGUGACCAUUAGGGCUUAA